AAGAAACUGGCUUCUUCCGUAGAGACAAAUACCCUUUUAUUUUUCUUUUCUUUUUCCUUUCUUCCUAAUUUUGCCCGAGUUGCUGGCAGGAUAAAAGUGAAUGUAUUUUGAACAAUUGUGAUACAUGUUGUUCUUGUCUCUCUUAGCAAGAUUUGUAUUUUCCCGCCAUCCUGUCAAGGAAAGAAUAAGGUCUCUUAACUGUGUGGGAAGAAACAUAGGUGGAACUGAGUCGGACGCUGUGGGUGAUAUUGAAGACUCAGCUCAUGAUUGGUCGUGUCAGAGGAAGAAGAGUAAAGUGAAUGAAUCACUAUUUGAUCGGUUUCGAAGGAGCAGAGGCUUGUCUGUCACAGAUCUUACUGGCACGGAAUGGUGUGAGAAACAGAUGGAGUUUGUUUUAUGCCGGGGCAGACCAAAACCUACCAAAGCUAUGCAAGCAGGCUCUGCUAGGCAUGCGGAACUUGAAGAAGAGGUGAUUAAAAGGGUGAAAAUUGGAGCUACAACAGCAGAAGACAGAUGGGCUUUGAAAUUUGCCAACUUUAUAAUUGGUGCAAACCAGUUAUUGCUCAAAGGACUAACACGUGAACUGCCAUUGUAGGUUUGAUGCGUUUGUGUAAUUUUGUAUCAAAUCAUAUAGUAGAAAAAAAAAAAAAUCAAAUCAUAGGGUAUCAGCCGCCAAUUUAUAGUCAUAAGUUAAGGGAAAUUAUCUUCAAUUUAAGUUGUUAAUUUUAAAAAAAGUUUAUCCAAACUUGAUUGAGGGAGAUAUGUGAUCAUAUUGUAAAUUAGAUGAUUAUGUGUAACAUAGAGCAAUGUUUAGG